AGGCCACGCAGAAGGGUGAGAACAGUGUCUGCCGCCCGCGCCCCAGUGGAGCCUGUUGCCGGGGAAGCUGCCGUGCGAGUUCUUUCUGUAGGCUUGAGUCAAGAACUUUCAGUCAUCUUGAUAAUACCAGAUUGGAUGCCUAAAGCUUCGAAAAAAAGGAAAAAGCAGAACUUUCGGGAAAACUUGACUGUAUCGACAACAUGGCGGAUGUGAAGUCAAUGUUCCGGGAGGUUCUUCCAAAACAAGGGCAAUUGUCGGUGGAAGAUAUAACCACAAUGGUGCUGUGUAAACCCAAACUUUUACCCUUAAAAUCUUUUACUCUGGAAAAACUGGAGAAAAUGCAGCAAGCAGCACAAGAGACCCUUCACCAGCAGGAAAUGGCAGAAAAGAAAAAUGGAAAAAAGUCCCCUGACCAAUAAACUUAAUACUUACAGCUCCCUACCUUACCUGCAGUAUAUUAAUAGCUAAAGUAUAAUCUGUACCUGUAUGCUGAAAAUGGUAUCUACUAAUAAAACUGGUAUUAUUCAAGUAAAUAAUUUUAAAAUACUGAAGAUUAAUAAAACUUGUUAAACACUGAUUUGAAUUUAAUAGUUAACUUCGAACCAAAUGUUUUGGGAUUUUCAUGGUUUCUAGGUUACAAUUUAAAUUACCAUUCUCCACUCCUAGUACAAGUUUGACAUAGGCACAAGUGACUAAAUCCAACUUUUAUGUAGAGGAUUUUUACAUGUUUAUUACAAAUUUGAAUCUGAACAUGAAGUGUUCAAGCUUUUACAUUAUCUAAUUAAAACCUUUUUCAACCAAUUUUGUGCCAUCAUGUUUAAUGUUAUCUUGCCUGACUAGUAAUGAUCCUACUAGUUGUUACAAAACUAGUUUCUUAAAUGUGAUUAAGAAACUUUCACCUAUUUUGUAGUUAGCUUUUAAUUAUAUUAAUUUCAAGGACUGAAGAAUUAUAUGAGUACUUCUACCAUGUAGGUAUCAAAAAAGCUGAAAAUGGCUUAUAAUUAAGCCUGAAUAAUAUGGUCUUAAAGAAACGUAAGACAAAUAUGAACAUUAAAUUUGGUGUGUUCUCAAAGGCUGUACCUCAAUCUAUAAUAGGUAUCUUCCUAAGAAUACUUUUGCAAAUACAAUCAUGGUUAGUUUGCUGCAGUCAAGAGACAAUUUAAAUUAUAAGACUUUGAAACCUUACUGAGUAAUUAGGCUUUGUAAAGGGAGAUUAGUGAUAUAAUCAUUCUUUAGGUAACUUAUUUAUUGGUAGUUAGCAUUUUCUCAGACAUAGUAAAUGUAAAGCUUUGAGUCCCUGAAGAAAAAAAAUUUAUAACACUAAUCAUUAUUUAGUAACAAUUUAAGAAUGACAAAAGGUAGGCUCUAGGUCAUGUCACUAAUGGAAUACAGUAUACAUGUGAUUCUCUUCAGUAUUUUUUUUAUUAUUGCAUUUUUUACUUAGAAGUCUGCAAGUAAAAAAAAGAUAUGACAAAUCUACUAGGUUCAAAUGUGCUUCCUUGUAUGAUUUAACAUUUGCUAUGUGAAAUUUAAGUUGUCUUUUUUGCAGUGCUGGGGAUAGUACCUACGGCCUAAUACCACACUAGACAAGAAAUUUAAAGGUUGUUUUUUAAAGACCUCAAAUAAGUGUACUCUCAAUAAAGAAUCAA